GUGUAUAAGAGACAGAUUAUGGCAAGCUAAUGGCUGUGAAAGAAAUCAGUUUUCGAGUGAAGCCACAGGAAUGUUUUGGAUUACUCGGCAUAAACGAUGCUGGAAAGAGUACAAUUUUUAGAAUACUAACGGGAGAAGAAAUGUCUAAUAGUGGUAUAAUGUACUUAAAGCAAACUGACAUCCAUUCGAAUAGAUUCAAGUAUCUUUCUGAGAUGGGAUACUGUCCACAAACUGAUGCCUUAAUGCCCUCCUUAAACACUUUAGAUCACUUACGAUUGUUCGCACGUCUUCGUGGUAUACCAAAGUCCAACGUAGAGUCGGAAGUUGAUAAAUGGAUUACUAGAUUAA